UCCUCGGGCUGACCGCGCCAGUUUGAAUGAAAGAGCCGCAAGAUGGCGGCGGCCAGGGCCGAGGCACGGGGCCGUGAGGCCGCAGCGCGGUGUCACCGGGCUCCGGGUCCGCCCCCGAGGCCCAAGGCCAGGCGAACGGCGAGACGCCGCCGCGCGGACACCCUGACGGCGCGACGCUCGCCGCCGGCUGCGGGCUCCCAGCGAGCCAGGUCCGGAGCUCGGCGGGCCGCGGUCUUUGGCGACGAGUGUGCACGAGGUGCCUUCUUCAAGGCCUGGUGUGUGCCUUGCCUAGUUUCACUUGAUACUCUCCAGGAAUUAUGUAGAAAAGAAAAGCUCACAUGUAAAUCGAUUGGAAUCACCAAAAGGAAUCUAAACAAUUAUGAGGUGGAGUACUUGUGUGACUACAAGGUAGCAAAGGGUGUGGAAUAUUAUCUUGUAAAAUGGAAAGGAUGGCCAGAUUCUACAAAUACCUGGGAGCCCUUGAGAAACCUCAGGUGUCCACAGCUCCUGCGGCAGUUCUCUGAUGACAAGAAUACUUAUUUAUCUCAGGAAAGGAAAUGCAAGGCUGUCACUACAAAAGGCAAUAAAUUCUUGCAACCUGCAAUUGCUGAGUAUAUUGUACAGAAAGCUAAGCAAAGAAUAGCUCUGCAGAGAUGGCAAGAUUACCUCAACAGAAGAAAGAACCAUAAAGGGAUGAUAUUUGUAGAAAACACUGUCGACUUGGAGGGCCCACCUUUAGACUUCUACUACAUUAAUGAAUACAGGCCAGCUCCUGGGAUCAGCAUAAACAGUGAAGCCACCUUUGGGUGUUCAUGUUCAGACUGCUUCUUUGAAAAAUGUUGUCCUGCUGAAGCUGGAGUUGUUUUGGCUUAUAAUAAGAAGCAACAAAUUAAAAUCCAACCGGGCACUCCCAUCUACGAAUGCAACUCACGGUGUCGAUGUGGACCUGAUUGUCCCAAUAGGAUUGUACAAAAAGGCACACAGUAUUCACUGUGCAUCUUUAGAACUAGCAAUGGCUGUGGCUGGGGUGUAAAAACCCUUGUGAAGAUUAAAAGAAUGAGUUUUGUCAUGGAAUAUGUUGGAGAGGUGAUCACAAGUGAAGAGGCUGAGAGGCGGGGACAGUUCUAUGACAACAAAGGGAUCACCUACCUCUUCGAUCUGGACUACGAGUCUGAUGAGUUCACAGUGGAUGCAGCUCGCUAUGGAAACGUGUCUCAUUUUGUGAAUCAUAGUUGUGACCCAAAUCUUCAGGUGUUUAGUGUUUUCAUCGAUAACCUUGAUACUCGGCUGCCCAGGAUUGCAUUGUUCUCUACAAGGACCAUAAAGGCUGGAGAAGAGCUGACCUUUGACUAUCAAAUGAAAGGUUCUGGAGAAACCUCUUCAGACUCUAUUGACCACAGCCCUGCCAAAAAAAGGGUCAGAACCGAAUGUAAAUGUGGAGCUGAGACUUGCAGAGGUUACCUCAACUGAAAUGUCAGGAAAUGGAGCUCAAGAUAUUUUUUGUUUUGUUUUUCGUCUAACAACUGAAAAAGUAUUUGGGACUACUUUCUAUUACCUACAUAUUGUAUUAUAUGGUGUUAAUAUACAAUCCAUGGCUCAAGGCUUUGCCAAGUAUAUUACUGUUGUUUCUGAAAAGGACUGCAGGGCACAUAAACGGUAGAUAUUUGGUGGUUAAAUGGAAAGUGAACUAUGUAUAAAUCACCAUUUGCUUACUUGAGAAGUCGGAAUAGACAAUUGUCCCCUUUAGUGUUUGAAAAGUGAGGCUACCACAGUUACUAUGAAACCUUUUAUCUUGACUCAAACAGAUAAUUCAAUUUAGGCAAAUGUAUAAAUUUUAUUUUUUUAUUAUAUUGUUUCUGUUUAAUACUGAUCAGAGACAAAUAAGUGCUGAAUUUUUUUACUAUAUUUUCUACUUUUACAUUAAAACAUUGGCAUCUUAAUGAUAUAUUUCAGGUGUAAAAACUGUGAAAGAUUUACUUCUAGCUUGAUCUUAUUUUGAAGCAAUAGAUACCAUUACAAAGGUUGUAUGUCUGAACCUGAAAUCCUUAAAAGAGUUUUUUAGUCGCACAGAAGAAAAGUCUCUAAUCACCUUCUCUAGAAGUCUAUAGUGGCUGGCCAUUGUGCUUCUUUGAACAGACAGAACAGUGACUAAGACGACCCAUUGGGAUGCCAGGCAGAGUGAGCCACUCAGAGAGUGGCCCAUCUGAAUAGGGGUGAGAUCCAUGAGGGGCCCAGGCCCUGAUGACAGUGUAAUUCAGGUCACUUGCAGGCACUUUUAAUUACUAUCCACUACAUUUAAAUACCUUUGUAUUUUGUGCAUGCCCUUGAAAAGCAAGCUAUAUUUGAACAGAUACUUGUUUUAUACAAGAAUUUUUUGAUAGGAUAAAACUUAGCUUGGCCAGAGUUAUAUCUGAUUGAAUUUUUAUUAACUUCUGGGGAUUAGAUGGGAUAUUUUCCCUGUGUAGUAAAACCCAAUAAAGAAAAAACUUACUUUCA